GAGCGCUGCAGCGCACCGCUGAAUUUAACAACGCACCCUGUCUGAACUUUAGAAACAGCCUUUGCUUUAAACUUUAUAUCCGGUCUACUUCGAUGCAGCGGCGUCACUAUAGAAACGGACGCGGGCAGUCACUGUAAACGAGAAGAGGAUAAAUACACUGAACCCCACAGAAAAACAUGGAUGCAAUUGUACCCAACUUUGAAAACUACGGGAGUGACGAUGAACGGGAAACCGAGGAAUUCAUUUCAAAAGAAAUCGAAGAAUAUUCUAGAUAUUCCCUAGCAAACAAGCUGAGAUUUGGCUACUUUGGAAAAGAUGAGUGCACACAGACUAAUGCCACUGAAAUACUGCAAGUAAAGGAUCUGGCUGAAGUUACAGAUACUUUAGAAAAGGAAAUAAUGUCCCUGAAGAAGGAACUGGAAUUACAAAAAACAUUUUUACGGACCGACUAUGAGGUAAAGCUUCAGCAGCAGUCUGUGUCCCUCGCCACAAGAAUAAAUGACAGGAUGCUGGACCUAGAACGGCAACACCAAGAGAAAUGUGCAAUGCUGCGAAAGUCUUACAGGCAACAGCUCCAUGAUGCAAUUGCAGUGCUGCGAGGCAGCCACAAGAAACACUACCCAGGAAACAAAAAGGAUGGAUCUGAAUUGAAGCCACAAAGAAUGCGGGAACUGAUUAAUGAGCUCCAGCAGAAAGACAUUAUAAUUGAGUCUCUAAAUGGACAGUUGCAGGAAUGCCAGAGUGGGAAGGAGGUUAAGAUUAUGCUUGAGCCAGAAGAGGACCCUGAAAAAGAAAGGCUUGAAGAGGAGAACGAGAUUUUAAAAAAGGAUGUUGACACACUGCAAGAGAAGAUUGAGAAAAUGUUCGACACACUUCAAAACCGAGAAAUGCAAAUAAGAGAGCAAGAACAGAAUAUUCAGAAAAUGAAAGAAAAAAUUGAAAAAGAUCAAACCACAAUAAACAAGUUAACUGCUACAAAUGAAAGACUGAAAAUGGACCUAGAGGAAGAAAAAGAUACAGCCAGAAGUUUGUUAUGGAAACAAAAAGAAGAUUUUGAAGAACAAAUGCAAAAACAGCUAGAGCUUUGUAUGAAAAAUAUGUUGUCUCAGCAAGAAAAACAAGCUAAAAUGGUGACUGAUUUAGAAAAGGAAAAACAAGAUUUGCUGAAUUUGCAGAGGAAUGCAAAGCCAGCAGUUGUUGUUGAACAAAAGGUAGAAAUUUGUAAGCCUGAGAACACGAAGGACAUUGAGCAGCAGCAGAGGAAACAAAUUGCUAGCCUCAAAAAGCAGUUAGAACUAUUGAACCGUACAUGGGAAAAGAAGUUUUCUAUUCUCAAGCAAAGUUUUCAUGCAGUAAAGAAUGAGAUGUACCUAAGGCAGACACUGGAGCGACAGGCAGCCUCACUUCAUUCUGCCGCCAUUAGUUAUGUGGUUGAUAGUUCUGGUGUUAGACAUGCUUUCAAGCCAGCAGAUGAUGGUUCCAAAAUGGUGUUUCGCUACAGUGCUCCAGGAGAACCACUGCCUAACAUCGGAUCUACACCUGUGUCCCAAACGGCUAUUAUAACCAGACCUGAAAUCAGGAUUCCAAGUGGAAAAGCGACUGCUGAAGCUGUUUCUCAUCAGUCCAGGAGAGAGAGUGCCCUGCAAGAGGAGGAAGGCCAUAGUCUGGAUCACUUGGAGAUGGUGAUCCUGAAAAGAGAAAACAAUAAUGCAAUGCGGGCCCUCUCCUUUGAGCUGGGGGGACACUUCUGCAGUGCUGUCAGCGCAGCCGUAGGAGAAGGUGGAAGAGGAGGACGAGAAAGAAAAGUUGCCAGCAUCGCAGUACUCCCCAUCGUGCACUAUUCUGCUGUCCUUGCAGUAUUCUUGAAUCUGAGUGGUAAGAAAGUCAACGUCCUCGUACAGAAACUCGUCUGUGUCCAAAUGAUCUCUGGAGGACUGAUCGGUGAAGAAAUCCUCCUCGUCGAAAUAAGGGGAGGAGAAGGAGUCCAACCCCGUCAACUGAUCUAG